CUUCAGCGGAUGGAAUAUAUCGAAAUGGUACACUACACCAUUCGACGAAAAAAGCCCACUAGUGACAAUGGGGCAGUGAUAACACUUUCUCCAAUUCCUCCGCAAAACCAAGUCACGUGGAAUUUCAUACAAAGUGGCGCACCGUUUCCGUGACUAAUUCCUGCUUCAUGAAUAUACGAGGAUUGCAGCGCAGACGGUAUGACGUUCUGUUCCGAAUCAUUUGAGUUGCAGAUUGGCGAUGAAGCCUCUACUCAAAGCGUCAGCAAUCACAUUCCGCUAGACAACAGUGAGAAAGCGGGGUCAAUUGACCCCGUAUUGGACGCCAAUUCAUUAUACAGUCAACCCUUGGAUUUUCACGGCCUACCUGAUUAUGGUGGCCAUGAUACACUUUGGUCGAACCAAAGCUCUUCAAGGGAUGGCUCGUUAACCGGCACCUUUCCUUCGUCGUCGUCGGCCACCGAGGACUUUGCGGCGACUUUAGAUCCACGACAACUUUCAACAGAACACUUACAAUAUGCCCAAGAUGAGACCCCAGAUGACAGUUUCUCAGGAAGUCCAGCAAUUGUCUCUAGUGACCUGUCUAAUUCACCACGUCCCACAAAUUCUAGUGACCCGGGAAUGGCCUCAGGACUCGGGACGCUAGCCGGGCACGAAGUCAAUUGCGACCAAAGCCAUCCUCCUUCUUCCAACAGGCAGCGUGGACUCCCUAGACGGAGGAGUCGGUAUUUUGUGUCGAGGUUAGGAGAUAAAACCACCCCUGUGUAUGAUUCGAAUACGAAUGGAUUGAACCCUAUGCAACGAUGGGAGGAAUUCCCACCUGAGGAUGAGCCGGCCUCGGUCACGGCGAUUCUCAAAGCCAUGGAGGAGACAUCAUUGUUCCAUCGUACCGAUCAACCCAGGCGCGGCCGUGGUAAAUCAACAUCUCGAUCUCGUCGGUCAGUCUCUACGGUAAGCCGCGAUUCAAGCGCGUCGUCUACAGGCCGAUCAUCUGCUACCAGCUCGUCACGUAGUCGAAAGCGUCCAUCGCAACCGCGGCGGACCAGGAAUGAGCGCGAAAGCAGCAAACCACGCAUAUUCUGUUGCACUUUCUGCUGUGAUCGGUUCUGCAGCAGGUACGAAUGGGUUAGACAUGAAAAAUCGCUACAUUUGAAUCUAGAAAGCUGGUAUUGCGCACCAAAUGGACCUUCAAUCCUUUCUCUGAUCACGGGGAAGCAUUUAUGUGCCUAUUGCAAUGCGAUGGAGCCAUCCCAAGAGCACCUCUCGGGACAUAACUAUGACUCUUGUCACAGUUUUUUCAAUGAGCCUCGAUCCUUUCGUCGAAAGGACCAUCUCAUACAACAUCUCCGCCACACGCAUAAUGUGCAAGAAUUACCGCCGCUAGAUGACUGGAAAACCGAGGUAAAAAGUAUCGUGUCGAGGUGUGGUUUCUGUGAUAUGAACUUUGAUAACUGGGAUGACCGCACUUCACAUCUGGCCAAGCAUUUUCACAGAGGGUCGACAAUGAAGGACUGGAAAGGAGACCACGGGUUUGACCCUCAUAUUAGAGCGCAGCUGAAAAAUGCGUACCCACCAUAUCUUCUUGGUUGGGAGUCAGAUUGUAUAGUCCCGUUUUCUGCAACAAAUAAAGACGCGCACGACCAAUAUACACCGCUCAUGUCAGGGAACAAUGUGGCCGGGGACACCGAUUAUAUUCAAGGCGCAAACCAGGAACUCGCACCUGGUGACCUAACAGAGGAGUCAGAUAUUCCGGGGUUUUUGGACGUGUUUACACGCCAUCUAAGCCGAUACGCAAGGAAGCAGAUGGAAGUGGGCAUUGUACCUACGGAUGAAAUGUUUCAGAAGGAGGCCAGACGGGUGCUCUUCGAUAGCGAGGAUGCCUGGGACCAAACCGUCGCUGACAACCCGGACUGGCUUGCUUCGUUUCGUCAGUUGCAUAUUAAUCCUGCUGGGGACUUGGGGAAUAACGGUCCAUCUUGAUACUCCUAAAAUUGGAACCUCUGCCCCUGUUAGCGAGCAACGCAGUAUUCCAUCAGGUCUAUGACCUGUAUCUCCGGUCUACACCUGAUAGCAGUAGACGUCCGUCAAUCAUUUUAUAG